AGUGAACUUUUAAAUCAGAAAAUGUGGCAUGAUUUGAGUGAGUACUCAUUGUACUUCUCUCACAGAUAGAAUCCACGUUUCUUUUUUCUUUCUUUCUUCUUUACAAGCAGAAAAACCCUGUAAAAGCCCCAAAUCUGUGUGUGUGUGUGUGUGUGUGUGUGUGUUUUUUUGGUGAAAUGGAUGUUGGGUUUGAGUCAAUGGAAAUGAAUGAUGAUCUUCCUGAAUUUACACUAGCUGAGAUCAUGGAACUUGAUAGCUUUUUUAAGGAAGUUGGUGAAGAAUCACUGAACCAGGAGUUCUGCCAGAAGCUUGCAACCAAUUUUAGUUGCUCACGACAUCGUACUGGAAAACCUGCCAUUCAAUGGGAACAGGUGCAAUCUUGGUUCCAAGAAAAACAAGAAUUGAAAGCUAAGGCCACUUCAUCACGUUUUGCCCCUGUGGAAUUUGUUAUUCCUUUAUGUGCAAUAAUGACAAUCAAUGCACCUGAAAGUUCUCAAAAGACUAAAGCUGAAAGGAUUGCAGAACUUUCAGAGUUGGUAUUUGAAGCUAAAUCAUCAAAGGAUUCAGCUUGGUAUGAUGUUGCUUCAUUCCUCAACUACAGAAUUCUUUGUACAGGCGAACUUGAAGUUCGUGUAAGGUUUGCAGGGUUUAAAAAUGUGGAAGACGAGUGGGUGAAUGUUAAAACGGCAGUGCGUGAGCGUUCUAUUCCUUUGGAACCUUCAGAGUGUCAUAAGGUCAAGGUCGGAGAUCUUGUGUUAUGCUACAGGGAGAAUGAUGAUCAUGCAUUAUACGGAGAUGCAUACGUUAUGGGAAUCCAAAGGAGAGUACAUGGUCUUGAGGGCUGCAGAUGCAUCUUUUUGGUUCGCUUUGAAUAUGAUGACGUCCAGGAAGAAGUUUCUUUGACAAGAAUAUGUGCAAGACCAACAUAACGGAAUUCUUCAAAUUAUCUCAAAUUCCAUCACCUACACGAGGUGACCAGCAGUAAGUAACGGCCUUUUCUAUUUUUAUUUCCAGAACUAAGAAAUGGAUGAGAUGAGAACCAAAACUGGAAUCAACCUUUCACCCGAUAUUAGUGUCAGCUUCACCCUUGUUGCUUAAUACGAGAGAACAAGGAUGAUUGGUCUUCGCAGCUUACCAGCUGCGCUAAUUCGCGUUUGUUCUCUCUUCUAGUUCCUAAUAUAAAAACAACAUUUUAUGUUUAGUUCUUUACAGAAUACUUGUGUUGCUCAAAGCAUCGUUGCGUGUUGGUUUAAAAUUUUCUGUAAGUACAUAUUUUACUGUCAAGAUCAAAUAUUCCUGUUAAAA